UGUCAGUGUUGUCUCUGCUGGUGCUAGCAUUAGCAUUCACGUUAGCAUAGCCUCAACACUCCCCGCAUUGACAAACCCCUGGACUACUGUCUCGCGACAUCUACUUGGCAUCUCGCAGCCAUCUCGUCUCAUCCAAGAGAGCUCCGCCUCUUUCAUCUUUGUCGGGCCUUGAUCGGCUGCACACUAUUUCUUCACAUACUCCACAGAGCAGUCAGUAUACAUGCUGCAACAACAACAACAACAUCAUCAACAACUAACCCCACAACCACAAAUUCAACAAAAUGAAUCAAUCGCCUCACCCCAAGAAUUCAGGCCGACGUCGCGGCGGCCCCCGGAAUGGUACUCCUCAAAAGACAUAUGCAUCUGAGAAUGACGCUGCCAAUUACAGACAUGUCCUCUCCGACAGUCCCUAUACUCCCCAGAAGCUAGCAUCGAAUGUCGGCGUCGCUCAACCGCAGCAAAUCCAAUCAACAACCCAAAAGAAGUCUCGAAAUCGGAACCCUUCUGCUAAGAAGAACCGAGAUAAGCAAGAUCGUAUCAGUCCGACUCAACACCAGGCUAUUCCCAUUGCAUUUGCUGGCGCAUCAUUCCACGCUUCGCCCGCGCCCAACUCCUUACCGAUGCCCAGCUUCCUUGCAAGGACAACUUCCGCGCCUGACUCCCCCUGCCUGAAGCAGCCUCCUGCCACAGGUCCCAGCCAGGAACCGUCGCCGCCAACUACUGAUUCAGAGGGCGACAGCUCUCCUAGCCCCCCUUUGCCACCUGUCGCUCAUAGCGACUCUCCCUUGGAGUUCUUCUUCAAGGCUGAUCGUGCCGAGAAGGCUCGGACACGUAGAGCGAGCUCCGCUAAUGCAGCUGGCUUCCUUGCUGGCCCUUUCUCUCCCCCUCAUGAGUCUCCUCAUGAACCUAGAACGUUUCCUAGACCUCAGGGGGGCAGCAGCAUCGCCCCGCCACGUCGUCCGAUCAUUCAACGAAACCCGUCUUCUGGAAUUCCCCCUAGCGAGUUGGACGGUACCCCUGGCAGGCCUUUUGGCCAGGCUUUCUCAACUCCAUACUCUGAGCGUAUCAAGGCAGUGGCGCGCCCCAAGAACCCAUCUGCCCAAGCCACACCAUCCGUCGCGAGCAAUGAUGCUUCAGACCGUAGCGAGGCUUUGAAACGGUUUCUCGGGGUUGGAGCAGUGCCCGAUGCAACACAGCAGUCGAGCACACAGCAGCAGUCACCCCUUCAACAACGUCAACCCGCUACAUUACCCCGCGGCAUGUUUCCUGCAUCCGUAAUUACCGGCCAGGCGAGCCCUCACAGUGGCAGCUACUAUCAGCCAGCUCCUGGCCAAUCCAACUAUGAUCGGACACGCUUGCGGGGAGGCCAGUCUCAGCAUGGUAUCCCAGAAGACCCUCAUGAGGAACAGGCUCGAAAAUUGGAGGACAAUCUGCGCCGGGUAUUAAAGCUCGGUCCCAACUAAUUCGGAUUUCAAUCAAUCAAGUUAUCUGGCCUGUCCACACUGAGGUCAGUGUUUGACACAGUGCCAGUGCAGGUUUUACUGUGUGCAAACAUUAUGUACGCAGACCCGAAACUUGCGGUUUUCAUUUAUUCAAGGCGUUCGGCACGGAGUUUGAGGCGUCU